CGCCGAUACAAACGUGUGCAGCUUGUCAUCUAGAACGUUCCAGUAAAAAGGAGCAACACAGCGAGCAGCGACAGCGUAUGUAAACAGACUGAACAUAAAGGGAAACAUGUCAGUCAUCUCAGAGGACAAUGUGCGAGGCGGAAGUGUUUUCAAGGAUAUCAGCGCCGACGACGAUGAUUGGCAACCUACGGAGAUAGAGAGUCUGUGUAUGUACUGUUACAAGAACGGUACCACACGUCUGCUCCUCACCAGAAUACCUUUCUUCAAGGAAAUCAUCGUCAGCUCCUUCAGCUGUGACAACUGCAGCUGGUCCAACACUGAGAUCCAGUCUGCUGGCCGCAUCCAGGAGCAAGGUGUUUGUUACACACUCAGAGUCAAAACAAAACAAGACUUGAACCGGGAGGUGGUGAAAGCAGACAGUGCGACCACCAGGAUCCCUGAGCUGGACUUUGAAAUCCCUCCCUUCACCCAGAAAGGCUCUCUUUCUACCAUCGAGGGCCUUUUAGACCGAGCUGUUGCAGGGUUGGAGCAAGAUCAAGCUGUCAGACGAGCUACUAACCCUGAGGUGGCCGAGAAGAUCGAUGCAUUCAUCCAGAAGCUGAGAAAGUUAAAAGAGAUGGAUGAUGAGUUCACGCUGGUGAUCGAGGACCCGUCUGGUAACAGUUUUGUGGAGAAUCCAGACGCCCCUCAGAAAGAUGAAGCUCUCACUGUGUCCACGUUCAAGCGGAGCCUUCAGCAGGACAUGCAGCUGGGGAUAAAGACUGAAGAUGACUUGGAGGAGGAGGAGGAAGAGAAACCCAGCAACGACCUGGACGCCAUGAGGAAUGAGGUUUUGAUGUUCGACACCAACUGCCCAGAAUGCAACGCUCCAGCCUCGACCAACAUGAAGCUCGUCCAGAUCCCUCACUUCAAGGAGGUCAUCAUCAUGGCAACGAACUGCGACAGCUGCGGACAUCGGACCAACGAGGUGAAAUCAGGCGGAGGCACAGAGGAGCUGGGCACCAAGAUCACCCUGCACAUCACCGACCCAUCAGACAUGACUCGUGACGUGCUCAAGUCGGAGACGUGUGCCAUCCUCAUCCCCGAGCUGGAGUUUGAGCUGGGAAUGGCAGCUCUGGGGGGAAAGUUCACCACUCUGGAGGGGCUGCUGAAAGACAUCAAGGACCUGAUCGUCUCCAAAAACCCCUUCAUCUGCGGCGACAGCAGCAGCACGGACCGGGUGCAGAAGCUCAAAGAGUUUGGGGAGAAGCUAGAAAAGAUAAUGGCCGGAGAGAUGGACGUCCACGUCAUCCUGGAUGACCCUGCGGGGAACAGCUACCUGCAGAAUGUUUACGCACCAGAUCCAGAUCCUGAGAUGACUGUCGAAAAAUACACACGAUCGACGGAGCAGAAUGAAGAUCUCGGUCUGAAUGACAUGAAGACUGAAGGAUAUCAGGAGGAUGACUGAACCACCUGCACCAGCUUAAAGGACUAAAUAUAUAUAUAUAUAUAAUUAUAAUUAUGUCAUAAACCAGUGUAAUUAUAUCGCUGUGUUCUGCCAUUUUCAUACAUUUUGAGUUGAACACUGGCUGAAUGUUGGUUUCAAUCAGUACAUUAAUCACAAAAUACAAUCUAAGUUGUCUAAAUUUGCAGUAAAGAAAAAAAACUGAGCAUAAAAACACACAAAAAUCCUUAUUGAUUAUAUUAUUUGUAUCUCAAUGUGCUUCUGCCAUUAUUAAAGAG